AUGAGCGACGAGAAAAGAGCUCAAAGGAAAGAGAGAAAUCGUAUUGCAGCUAAAGAAUGCAGAGAACGCCGAAAGGCCUACAUAUUGAAUUUGGAAAAUAAAGCAAUUAUUCUAGAAGAUGAAAAUUUGAAAUAUAGGCAAAGAAUUCAAGAAUCAAAGACUAAACUAGAAUGGAUCGAAUCUAAGAAAGAUGACGAUGUAGGUGUUUUCACCAUCAAUGAUAGUAUUAAAGAGGAUCAAGAGGAUCGUUAA